AUGGUUUUUGAAAAGCUGAGCACCGGGCAGAGCCGUCGACCCAGGCUUGCAAAGAAAGGGCUGCGUAAACCGAAAGCUCUGACGGAACGAGGCGGGGAGGAUUACAGGGUGAUGGAGGUACUAGAUCAGAUGACGCGCCAUGAGGAAGAUGGACCUCCACCGGUAGUGUGGGAGGGUCCAGCAGAGGAAGCGCGCGAGAAGGGGGGCAAGAAGCGGAGGGAGGAGAGGCAGGACCUCUCUCUUGGGAGAUACGGGUGGCGAGGCCGGCCAAAUCGCAACAAUUUAGGCGUUGACCUGUUGUAUGGGGGUGGGCUGAAAUAA